GGCGGGACUCUGACAGCAUCUCGAAAUCUCCACCCGGGCGUCGCAGUGCCACUCUCUCUCCAUCCGUUUCUUUUCAUCCAUAAAACCCACGGUGCACCUUUACGUCAUUGUUUGGUGUCGCUGGGCAAACUAUAUCAGCACGGACACAGUUCAUAACUCCCUCUCUCUGCAUCUUGGUCGACUCGCCUGCAACUCUUGGGAACCGUAGCAGCCUGAAUCGAGUCGACGAGGGGCGAUCCGUCUCCAGCCUCGAGGCUCGGUCUUCCCCCUGCGCGGCCGCCCUCCCUGGCGCGCCAUUUCGUUAGCCCACCACCCAGCACAACCUCAGAUACCCCGACGACAAGUUCAAGAUGUUGCGCCAAGUAGCAGGACGGCGUGCGCUGUCCAUGUGGCCACGCAAGACAGCGGCUGCCAUCUCCUCCGGGGAACAAGUCGGUAUUCACAAGGUCAAGUUUGUACCACGGCGCGAUCACUUGAGAAAGUUCUUCAUAUACACGACCACCGGCAUCGUCUGCUGGUACACCUGGACAACGAUAGCCACCCUGCCGCUGAGGCACCUGGACAUGAAAGACCUACCUGACAUCGAAGACGACGAGGAAGAAGACCCCUUCUUCAUACCAUUCCCUUUCACCGACAAGCGGGUCCAACCACCACCAUACGCCGGGAAAGAGGAGGAAUGGCAGAGCUUUGUCGCCUUCAACAACGACCGUGAGCACAGAGACCGGGCAAAACAUGACCUCUCUAUGCUGGUGAAGAGGACUGCUGAGAACAACUCCCAGAUCAAGAGGUGGGCCAAGCAGGAUUUGAAGCUCGAGCUGGGGCCGAAUUGGUUGAUCGUCACCUACCCGGACAGGCCACCGCCCGAGUUUGUACGGACUGGUAUCGAGAUCAGCGACGAGGCGAUAUCGAUCAAGACUCAGAAGGUUGACACGAGGACCAAGACUCUGGUCGACCGCGUACUGAAGCCAUAUCCCUUGGCAACCUCUUCCUACGCAUUUAUCAAGGCAUUCUUCAAACAAAGCACAUCCGACGUUGUCAGGCUCUUCGGCUACUCCGAGAACAACGACAUCUCGACAUCAAAUCCCGACCCGGACAUCGCAAAAACCCUCAAGCAACUGGAGGCCAGGCAAAUCACCGACGGCGGCGCCGCAACAAACUCCCCUUCUUCCGCAUCGUCACCUGCAUCCAAGACCUCCCCCGAGGCAUCAACCUCACAAAAGCCAGCCCUGCCAGGCUCCAUGUCCGGCCAGCACCCCGCCACCGCCAAGGACCCCAACCAGCCAGCCCAGGAGCAAGGCAAGACGCCGGUCCUCAAGGCCUCCAUCCCGGGCUACGAGGGGCUCUACAACAAGACCCAGGGCCCCUGGACUGCCUUCUCCCAGCAAUGGAGGCGAUCCUGGCGGCCGCUGAGAUAUUAUCCCCCCCGGGGAUGUGUCGCCAUUCAUGGGAUGGUGUCACUUGAAUCACCCAAGGGGCGGAUAUACAUCGACGUGUCCGCGUGGUACAACCCCAUCAAGAAGGAGUUCCACCAGGAGUCCAUGCAGCUGGGCCUCAAGGCCAUCAGCCCCACGCAUCAGAGCCCAAGGCGGUGAAUGAACGUUGAAGAAGUGAUAGCGGAAAGGGGGAGCGGGGGCGCAUUAAGAGACCGAGCCUCGGGGCUUCUGGGUAGUAGAGCAGACGGAGAUCAUCAGGCCUGAGUGAUUUGAUUGCCUGGAAUCAUUGUUUCGGCGUUUGGGGCGCGCGGGGGGGCAAAGACAUGAUCCCCACGGGUAUCAGGUAUCAUUAUACCUACAUGGCCAUUAGACACCAGCGACAUUUCCUCGUUUUUUUCGUGCUGUUUCUUUCUUUGACCUGGGGUCUCUUGAUGAGUGUAUUUUUGGAUACCAGUGAGCGAUUGAUGCGACACGGUGCGGUUGACGGGGUGUUGGGGGGAUAGCAGGGCGGCAUGAGUUUUCCCCAGGAGAAUAUACGCAGGGCCAUGCGCCACCCGCCCGCUAGCGGGCGCAGCUCACAUGUUUGGACCCCUCCGAGUCCCAUACCGUUAGGGUGAUAGAACGUUGGGUUGGGGGGGUUGAAGGACGGCCAUGGGAUACCCAUUGUUCCGAUACUUGCCCCUGUCGACCGUACUUGAGCAGUUGGUUCGCAUGGAGAGGUCUCGUGGGAGACAGACUCUCUCCAACCCACGAGGCCUCGUCACAGCACGGGAUGACGCAUGUUCGCACAGGGGCUCGUGUAGCCCCGGCCACCCUGGAGACGAAGUCUCAUCUUGGAUACUAGGUACUGAAGGAAUCGUACGACAGAAGUUUUCUCCUUCGUUCGGUGACACGAUAACUUGAUAUGCACCAGAAUACGGUGUCAUUCUCAACCUGAUCAGGGUGCAAGGAUCGUGUAACCAGGAAGAACUCUAUGCUGCCCUAAGCCGACGCCUAAACAGCUUUUUCGCACCGGAUCAAAUACGUAAGAACUCGGGUGGAUUUUCCUGAGGAUUUGAUAUGGCAGGCAGAGCACAGUCCCGAAAGAUUUGGUACCGUUGCAUGGCAACAGGAC